UUCCCAGGCCUCUCUUCAAAUUCCUGCUUCUAUUCCAACAGGAAGAAAGUGGGCUGAUUGGAGCAUCUCCCAUUCCAAACUUGUGCGGUCAUCAUGAUGAAGCUUAGGCACAAAAACAAGAAACCAGGUAAAGGUUCCAAAGGCUGCAAGAAGCCUGCAAGGCAAAAUGGGAAGAAAGUUACCUCCAGACCAUCAUCUGCUCCCCAGUUUGUUCAUGGCAAUGACCAUGCCAGUCGGGAGGCUGAAUUAAAGAAGAAAAGGGUUGAGGAGAUGAGGGAGAAGCAGCAGGUUGCCCGGGAGCAAGAGAGACAAAGACACAGGACUAUGGAGAGCUAUUGCCAGGACGUCCUGAAACGUCAGCAGGAGUUUGAACACAAGGAGGAAGUUUUGCAGGAAUUAAAUAUGUUUCCUCAGUUGGACGAUGAGGCUACAAGGAAGGCCUAUUACAAGGAAUUCCGUAAGGUGGUUGAGUACUCUGAUGUGAUUCUGGAAGUCCUGGAUGCCAGAGACCCAUUGGGCUGCCGCUGUUUCCAGAUGGAGGAGACCGUCCUUCGGGCAGAAGGCAACAAGAAGCUGGUCUUGGUCUUGAAUAAGAUUGAUCUGGUUCCCAAGGAGAUUGUGGAAAAGUGGCUAGAUUACCUUCGCAAUGAGCUACCAACUGUGGCUUUCAAGGCUAGCACACAGCAUCAGGUCAAAAACCUGACUCGGUGUAAAGUUCCAGUGGACCAGGCCUCUGAGUUGCUGUUGAAAAGCAAAGCCUGCUUUGGAGCUGAAAACCUCAUGAGGGUCCUGGGGAACUAUUGCCGCCUGGGGGAAGUGCGUACCCACAUUCGUGUAGGUGUUGUAGGCCUUCCCAAUGUGGGGAAGAGCAGUCUGAUCAACAGCCUGAAGCGCAGCCGUGCGUGUAGUGUGGGAGCCGUUCCUGGUGUCACAAAAUUCAUGCAGGAGGUCUACUUAGACAAGUUCAUCAGGCUGUUGGAUGCUCCAGGCAUUGUCCCAGGACCCAAUUCAGAAGUGGGCACCAUCCUGCGUAAUUGCAUCCAUGUGCAGCAGCUGGCCGACCCUGUGACCCCGGUGGAGACCAUCCUUCAGCGCUGCAACCUGGAAGAGAUUUCCAACUAUUACGGUGUCUCGGGAUUCCAGACCACUGAGCACUUUUUGACUGCAGUGGCCCAUCGCCUGGGAAAGAAGAAGAAGGGAGGCGUAUAUAGUCGAGAGCAGGCUGCCAAAGCUGUGCUGGCCGACUGGGUGAGUGGGAAGAUCAGCUUCUAUAUUCCACCACCACCUACUCACACUCUGCCCUCCCAUCUCAGUGCUGAGAUUGUGAAGGAGAUGACUGAGGUCUUUGACAUUGAAGAUACUGAGCAUGCCAAUGAAGACACCAUGGAAUGCUUGGCCGUGGGAGAAUCCGAUGAGCUGUUGGGUGACACGGACCCACAAGAAAUGGAGGUCAAGUGGCUUCAUUCUCCACUGGUGAAAAUAGCAGAUGCCAUUGAAAACAAAACCACCGUAUAUAAGAUUGGAAAUCUCACUGGGUAUUGUACCAAUCCAAACCGCCAUCAGAUGGGGUGGGCUAAGCGCAAUGUGGACCACCAUUGCCCCCAAAACAACCGGACGGUGGAUGUCACUUCAGUGGACCGCCGCCCAAUGUUGCAGAGGAUCCUGGAGACAGACCCACUUCAACAAGGCCAGGCUCUGGCAUCUGCCUUGAAGAAUAAGAAAAAAUUGCAGAAGCGUUCAGAUAAAAUCGCCAGUAAGUUGUCUGACUCCAUGAUGUCUAUGCUGGACCUCUCUGGCAACUCCGACGACUGUGCUGGUGACUGAUGAGUCAAACUUCCCCUCAUACUGCAGACACUGCUUCCUGUGGGAUGGGAGAAUCCAGAUGGUGUUCCACUCUCCCUGAUGUACCUACAUAGCAAAACACCUCCCGUACCAUGUCUCUACUGCCACAGUGCCCUCAUUCUCAUCAGUUACAAGCCUCAAUGGUCUGGAGCUGUCAAACUCCAGGACCCUCUACUUACUUAUUAUUGUCUUUGAAAAUGACUUUGUGCUUGUUUUUGUGGUGCCAGGGAUUGAACCUAAUAGGUCCUCACACAUGUUAGACAAGCAUUCUACUGCUCAGCUGUAUUAGUGUAAUCUUUACCGCCCAUUAUUUUCACUGGAGAAAGAGUCUGUUUACUCAGCUUCCCGGGUCCUGGUAUUAUAGGCUAUUGCCACCACUGCCAGCUCCCACUGUGUUUUACAAGGUAAAUAGAAUAUCAUCAGAGUCUUGGCAUGGUGGCAACAUACUUGUAAUCCUGACACAUAGAAGACUAAAGCUAGGAGGAUUGCAAGUUAUAAGCCAUCUUGAACUAUCUGGCAAGACCCUUUCUCAACAAAACAAACAACCCAGAACAAAUAAGCAGAGUCCAGGCUUUGGUGGUCCACACCUUUAAUCCCAGCAUUCGGGAGGCAGGGGCAGGUGGAUCUCUGUGAGUUCGAGGCCAGCCUGGUCUACAAAGCGUGUCUAUGACAGCCAAGGCUACACAGAGAAACCCUG